CAGUCAGUCACAAGUGAUCAAUCGUUCUUUGAGCCUUGGCUGCCCUUCGGCUCCAUCUUCUUGUCAUCCAUUCGGCCUGCACAUACUGUCAGCCAACCCGGCACAUCACACAAACAGUCGUUUCGAGCAAGGACAACGAGCAUCGAUUUGAUUGUCCGAACUCGUCCGCAGCAGAGAUGCUUCGCACACCCAAGCCUCGCAAUGCUCGGAGCAAACGGGCGAUGGAAGCUCGUGCGCCCCGAGACUACGAAGCAGCCAAAAAGGCCAUCUUUGUCACGGGUCCUCAUUCAUCUCGUCUUGUAAGCUUGGCAUUCAAGGAUCUGGCAGCGCUCAAGAAACCAGACAAUAUACAAUUCAACAAGAAGAACGAUUGCCUGCCGUUCGAAUCCUCCGGGACAGAGAGUCUGGAAUUCUGGAGCGGCAAGAAUGACGCAAGCUUGUUCAUCGUAGGAAAUCACCAGAAGAAGAGAAAAGAUAAUCUGAUAUGGGCGAGGUGUUUCGAUGGGAAGGUGCUUGAUCUCCUCGAGAUGGGCGUGCUGCAGGGCAAGGCUAUCGCAGAAUUCAAGUCGCCGUUCUCCCCAACAAUUGGUUCUAGACCGCUCUUUCACUUCUCGGGUCCCCACUUCUCACCGGAAGAUAGCGCAGUCGAUGCAGACGCACCAUUCAGUGGAGCCCUGUCCAUGUGUAAUUCUGGCAUUCACGCAUCUUUUCAGCAUCUCAAAUCCUUGCUGAUCGAUUUUUACAGGGGCGAAGAAGCACCGCCGGCCUCCGGACCGGGGGCUGUUCCGGGCGCCGCCGGCAACUCUAUAGCACUCAGGGAUGGAUUGCAGCACAUCAUCUGUGUCACCGAGGGACCCGAAUUGGAACUUGGCGAGGCAGAUGCGCCUCAUAGCGAUCCCGAUCUAGCCAAGCUGUAUGCUGCAGGAGCUGCACAAAUCAAGGACUCCAACUCACCAGCAGACACCGACACGAGCGCAUCCGGCCGAAUAGUCUAUUUCAGGGUCUAUGCUCCUCGACCAGCCGUAAAGACUCAGUCGGGCGCGACACCAAAGAUUGAGCUGCACGAGGUUGGACCUUCUUUUGAUUUCGUGCUGAGAAGGAGGCGACCGGCUGAUGCGACACGAUUGACCAAUGCCCUCAAGAGACCCAGAACUGCUGCUCUGAGCAACAAGCAGGGCACGACAAAGAGGAAGAACAUCCUCACGGAUGAUAUGGGUGACAUGCUCGGCAGGGUUCACAUGGAGAGGCAGGAUCUCGGCAAGUUGCAGACUAGGAAAAUGAAGGGGCUGAAGAGGGGCAGAGGAGAAGACGAUGAGGAAGACGAGGACCAGGUCGGGAAUGAGGAUGAGAGCGAGGACGUGGCGGAUUCUGGAGAAGAAGGCUUCGACGAAGAUGACAUGAGGGCGGUCGUGGAUGGCGAAGACGACGACGACGAAGACGACGAAUCAGACUAGACUCGCGCACAGCAAUUCGCACUUCCUCAUUGGGUCACCAUGACCUGGCGCGCGUUUGGUUGCACGUGUUGCAUGCUCGACACCUUGCCGCAUCAUUGCUGAGCGCGAAGCGUGUGUCGAAAGAAGCAUGACCCAGAAGCGCUCGCACACGCAGAAAGCGUCAAAGCUCAGCAAUCUGCAGCCCUCUUUGAGGAUGGCGCGAGAUGACAAAGGAUUUCCUUGGCAAGACGAUGACGACGCUUUGUGCCAGUCGGCGCUGAGCAAAAAUGGGUGACAUGUGGAGUGGGGCAGAAUAGAGAUGUACAAUGUGGAACAAUGACGACUAUACCACCAACG